AAAGAUAUGCACCGGAGGAUCCGAACCCCAAACCCUCCGCGCCGAGAGCCCUCGAACGUCGCCCUUCUUCCUCUCUUUCCCAUUCCAACGAAAACCCCCACGGCAAAGAUGCGACGGACCGUCGCUCGAUCUCUUCUCCUUAAAUCCAUAUCUACUUCCUGCCCCUCUCCGAAACCCUCGUCGUCUUCUCUCCCGAGAAUCCCCGCGAAGCCCCCAAAAUCCAGUCGUUUGCCCCUCCCCACCUCGGCCACCCGUCCUCUUUGCCGCACCUUCCUCCCCAACCCUUCGCCCCAUGCCAGGAACCGCGCCGGAGACCGCCGCGAGUUCAGCGCCGGCGAGCUGCCCACCGACCACAGCAAGGAGGUGGACGAGAUCAACCUUAAGUUCGCGGAGGCUCGUGAGGAGAUCGAGGCGGCGCUGGAGUCCAAGGAGACGGUCUACUUCGACGAGGAGGCGGAGUGCGCGCGGGAGGCGGCGAAGGUAGUGCUGGAAAUGUUCGAAGGGCUUCUCGCAAGGCUGCCGGAAAAGGAGAGAACGGCGCUGCAGAGGUCGAUGGGCCUUAAGAUCGAACAACUGAAGGCCGAGCUCAAGCAGUUGGAUGAUUAGUUGAGGUGGGUGUUCUUCGGUUUCGUAUCUUUGCUCCUGGAGUAUCGAGUUGUUUUUUAUCAAUAAAUUCUUGAACCUUCGCUCAUUUAUUUGAGAAAUUAUUGGAUAAUAUUGGAUUUUCUUUUUAAUGAAGUCUGGUUAUGGA